AUGAGGGGGAUUCCAGGUUUGAUGUUGUUCCUGCUCUUGCAGACGUUAACUGGAUGGGCAGCUGCUCGGUCAGUGAGGCUGGUUGACAAUAAUAGCAGUUGCUCCGGUAGAGUGGAGAUCUUCUAUGAUGGUCAUUGGGGGACGGUGUGUGAUGACUCCUGGGACCUGAUAGAUGCUAAGGUGGUCUGUCGUCAGUUGGGCUGUGGCAGUGCUGUGUCUGCACCACAUUAUGCACAUUUUGGACAGGGCAAUGGGCCAAUCCUGUUGGACGAUGUUCGCUGUUCAGGACGUGAGGCAUCACUACUGGAGUGUCCACAUAAUGGGUUGGGCUCUCACAACUGUGGACAUUAUGAAGAUGCUGGAGUUAUCUGUGAAGUUCCUCGUCCAGUGAGACUGGUUGACUCUGACAGCAGCUGCUCCGGCAGAGUGGAGGUGUUCCAUGACGGCCAGUGGGGGACAGUGUGUGACGACUCCUGGGAUAUAACAGAUGCUCAUGUGGUCUGUCAUCAGUUGGGCUGUGGCAGUGCUGUGUCUGCACCACUUUAUGCACAUCACGGACAGGGCGACGGGCCAAUCUGGUUGGACGAUGUUCACUGUACAGGAUCUGAGACAGCACUACUGCAGUGUCCACAUAGUGGGCUGGGCAUUCACAACUGUGGACAUCAUGAAGAUGCCGGUGUCAUUUGUGAAGUUCCUCGUCCAGUGAGACUGGUUGACAAUAACAGCAGUUGCUCCGGCAGAGUGGAGGUGUACUACGGUGGCCAGUGGGGGACGGUGUGUGAUGACUACUGGGAUAUAACAGAUGCUCAGGUGGUCUGUCAUCAGUUGGGCUGUGGCAGUGCUGCAUCUGCACCAGGUUAUGCACAUUUUGGAGAAGGUAAUGGACAAAUCUGGUUGGACAAUGUUCAUUGUUCAGGACAUGAGGCAUCGCUACUGGAGUGUUCACACAAUGGAUUUGGAUCCCACAACUGUGCACAUCUUGAAGAUGCUGGGGUUGUCUGUGAAGUUCCUCGUCCAGUGAGACUGGUUGACUCUAACAGCAGCUGCUCCGGCAGAGUGGAGGUGUACCACGACGGCCAGUGGGGGACAGUGUGUGAUGACUUCUGGGAUAUAACAGAUGCUCAUGUGGUCUGUCAUCAGUUGGGCUGUGGCAGUGCUGUGUCUGCACCACAUUAUGCACAUCAUGGACAGGGUGACGGGCCAAUCUGGUUGGACGAUGUUCACUGCACAGGAUCUGAGACAGCACUACUGCAGUGUCCACAUAAUGGGCUGGGCUUUCACAACUGUGGACAUCAUGAAGACGCCGGUGUCAUUUGUGAAGGUGCAAUCCAUCCACCCACACCCACUCCAACAGAACCGAGCAGCCGCCUGAGACUGGCUGACUCUAACAGCAACUGCUCCGGCAGAGUGGAGGUGUACCACGACGGCCAGUGGGGGACAGUGUGUGACGACUUCUGGGAUAUAACAGAUGCUCAUGUGGUCUGUCAUCAGUUGGGCUGUGGCAGUGCUGUGUCUGCACCACGUUAUGCACAUCAUGGACAGGGUGACGGGCCAAUCUGGUUGGACAAUGUUCACUGUACAGGGAAUGAGACAGCGCUGCUGCAGUGUCCACAUAAUGGGCUGGGCAAUCAUGACUGUGUACAUCUGGAAGACGCCGGUGUCAUUUGUGAAGGUGCAAUCCAUCCACCCACACCCACUCCAACAGAACCGAGCAGCCGCCUGAGACUGGCUGACUCUAACAGCAACUGCUCCGGCAGAGUGGAGGUGUACCACGCUGGCCAGUGGGGGACAGUGUGUGACGACUUCUGGGGUAUAACAGAUGCUCAUGUGGUCUGUCAUCAGUUGGGCUGUGGCAGUGCUGUGUCUGCACCACGUUAUGCACAUCAUGGACAGGGUGACGGGCCAAUCUGGUUGGACAAUGUUCACUGUACAGGAUCUGAGACAGCACUACUGCAGUGUCCACAUAAUGGGCUGGGCAAUCACGACUGUGGACAUCAUGAAGACGCCGGUGUCAUUUGUGAAGGUGCAAUCCAUCCACCCACACCCACUCCAACAGAACCGAGCAGCCGCCUGAGACUGGCUGACUCUAACAGCAGCUGCUCCGGCAGAGUGGAGGUGUACCACGCCGGCCAGUGGGGGACAGUGUGUGACGACUUCUGGGAUAUAACAGAUGCUCAGGUGGUCUGUCAUCAGUUGGGCUGUGGCAGUGCUGUGUCUGCACCACGUUUUGCACAUCAUGGACAGGGUGACGGGCCAAUCUGGUUGGACAAUGUUCACUGUACAGGAAAUGAGACAGCACUACUACAGUGUCCACAUAAUGGGCUGGGCAAUCACAACUGUGGACAUUAUGAAGAUGCUGGGGUUGUCUGUGAAGAACCUGAAACUCUGAUCGAAGUUUCUGUGGUGGUUUGCUCUCGUGAUGAAAUCGAAAUUUGUGUGCCUCUGGCCACCCUGGCUUUACUUGGUCUGAAUCCACGUAACGCUCACCUGGCUGUGCCCCAGUGUUCCACACACCGAGAGACUCAACACCAGGUGUGCUACCUUUUACCCCGCCAGGCAGCAUCCUGUGGAAAUGUGCUGAGGACAAACAGCAGCCAUGCCACCUACUUGAACACUUUGUUUCUGUAUCCUGAAAACCUUGAUUCCUUUGUUACACCUGAGAUCAUCCCCUUCUCCUGUACGUAUCCCUUGACCACCAACACCACCUUGAUCUCUGUGCCCAGACUCCAGCUUAAUGAAGGUGGUGUUGUAGGAAGUGGUUCUCAACCCACAGGCACUAUGGUCCUGUUUGAAAACUCCACCUUUGUGAACUCGUUCCCACCCGGUCAGGUCACGCUGCGGGUGGGUUCCCCCCUUUUUGUGGGAGUGUCUGUGGACGAGACUGAUCCCAGCUUCGCACUUGUUCUGGAGAACUGUUAUACCUCACACUCCCCAAAUCCUGAUGACCCCAGCCGAUAUGAUCUCAUCACCUCCAGGUGUGCGACCGACCCUCGACACAUAACUGUGAUGGAGAACGGUGUCUCCCAUACUGCCCGGUUUUCUGCCCUGCUGUUCCCUCUUGAGAGCAACAAUGACCUGGUCUACGUUCACUGUAGACUGAGCCUGUGUGACAGGAGAGCCAUCAGCUGUGUUCCAACUUGCACAAGGAGAGUACGACGCUCUGUUCACAACCCGGCUCUGCUUGACCCUGUCACUGUUGGACCAGUGCGCUGGGAAAAGUAAGAAACAACGAUGAUGACUGACAAAUGACCUGUUGGAUGACUGUUUUGGAAGAUGAAAGAUUUUUUUUUUUUUUUUUUUUAAUCUUUUUACAUGAUUUUAUAGAUUAACAUUCCAGUCUCUGAAGGAUAAUAGUAAAGAUGUGUAAUAUUCACUGUAUAGGGAACCUCUAGUGUUUAUCUCAGUCUGAAAUACUAAUGCUGAUAGUCUGUAUGUUUUCACUGUGAUACAAUGAUGUGUGGGAUUUAUGUAAUUUUUUUUCAAAAACAAUAUGGGAAAUUGAUUUGAAACUUUUUAAUCCUACUCAUAUUAAUGCAAUUUAUCCAUCAUCAACUGUUUCUUAGACUGUAUUUUGAAUAAAAAUCAAUAAAAGCAGCAAUGAAAAGCAA